UUUGUUCACAAUGCAGCUUUACGGAGCUCUGAUCCUGUUUCUGACUCUAUCUACAGCAUGUGGAUUAAGAUGCUAUACAUGUGAAACCAUCAACCCUAAAUCCUGCACAGAGAUCCAAACUUGUCCUGCCGACUUUAACAUCUGUUUCUCUCUGAAUUUGAAUCGUAUAAUCACCAAGGGCUGCUCCACCUCUGACUCAUGUGUAAGCCCCAUGACUUGCUGUGACAAGGACUUGUGUAAUGAUGCCACACCUAAUGGUCCCAGUGUCAUCCUCCUGCUGGUGUCCUCAGCCAUUAUCACUCUCUUUCUUUGAGGCUGUUGAACAGAUACAGCUUAAAAUAUGUUGAUAUUUCUAUCCUGAACUUUUUUUCCAUGCCCAACUCCGUAAGAAAAAACGAAUUUAAAUGUAAAACCUGUAAACGACAUUGAAUUAACAACAACUUUCAAUAA